UGGAACAGUUAAAAGCAAAGAAUAAAGGAGGAAAGGAUGUUUCCGCAGGGACACAAAGUUGUGGAGAAGAGCAUACAUGAUUAGUCUUCAAAACCCAGGCACAGGGCAAGGCCGUGGGGGCACUAGUUCAAGGCCAGCCUGGGCUACGUGGCAACAUGUUUGCAACAGCUGGGGUUAGACCGGUGUCCAUGCUCUGUGCCCGGGCACCGCGUUGUUCAAGACCACUGUGUCCCGUGCAGAGGUCAAGCCAAGGUCAAGCUCCUUAGCGGCCCGGCCAGCCCUCAGGAGGCUUUGAGGACCAGGAGCUCCGUCCGUCCCCGCCCCUGCCCAGCCGGAGGCGCAGGACACACAAUUGGUCAGUUCGGUCCAGGUACGCUGCCAUUGGCCAGCGGACGUCCGCUAGUCGGCUGUGCGCUGCGGAGGACUUUCGUGUUCCCCGCGGUGACGCGGAGCGACGCUUGUUGGCGAAUGGUUAAUGCAGCCGAGAGGCGGGAAUUCCGGCUUCUUAUUGGUCCGUGCGGAGCAGGGCGGUUCUGAGACACGACAUUCAAUUGGGCAGCGGGGUCGGCGUCGAAGCGUGUGAUUGGCGCGCUCAGGGGGCGGGGCUGGGGCGCGAGCCGCGGAGGCUCCGGUGGCGGCCGCAGAGGCUCGGUCGUGAGCGCGGCGAUGGCUUCCGGCGGCUGGCGCUGGGCUCGGAGGGCGCUGGCUGCGGGGCGGCCGCUGUUCCGGGGCCGCGCGCUGCUCGUCACCAACACGCUGGGCUGCGGCACGCUCAUGGCCGCGGGCGACGGCGCGCGGCAGGCCUGGGAGGUGCGCGCGCGGCCGGGACAGCGGUUCAGCGCGCGGCGCUCAGCCAGCAUGUUCGCCGUGGGCUGCAGCAUGGGCCCCUUCCUGCACUUCUGGUACCUAUGGUUGGACCGCCUCCUCCCCGCCUCGGGCCUGCGCAGCCUCCCGAGCGUGAUGAAGAAGGUCCUGGUGGAUCAGGUGGUGGCAUCUCCCAUACUGGGCGUCUGGUACUUCCUGGGCCUUGGCAGCCUGGAGGGCCAGACGCUGGAGGAGAGCUGCCAGGAGCUGCGGGCCAAAUUCUGGGACUUCUACAAGGCUGAUUGGUGCGUCUGGCCAGCUGCUCAGCUCGUGAACUUCCUCUUCAUUCCGCCGCAUUUCCGAGUCACCUACAUCAACGGGCUGACACUGGGCUGGGACACGUAUCUGUCCUACCUGAAGUACUGGGCCCCAGAAUCCCUUUCCACUCCUGGCUGUGCGGACUGAGCAGGAAGCACCAAGGAGAAAUAGGCCGAUGGACACACUCCCAUAAGAGGUUCUGGAGCAGGUCAGAGCCUGGGCCACAUCCACACUCCAGGCUGAGCCUGCAGCAGCCAUCCCACGUGGACCAGCCUCCGGCACCAGCUGUCAAUCGCCAGGUUUUCCAGCUGGACCCAGAAGUUCUCAGCCAACCUGCAAUUGCAACCCUGGCUUAACUCUGGCCCAAGUAGUCCCUGAGGUUCCCUGGACCCCAGGUGACAAACAGAAGGGCCGGCCCCCAUGGCCUUGGAAUGGGAUCUGGUUUGGCCUCAGAAAACUUCAUGCAAGGUUGGGCAGCCUUGUGAAAAUUUCAUUAAAUUCUCUUUAAUCACAAGGCUGGCUGCCAGUGG